AGCUUGAAUCAGCCACUGUUCUGUGCAACCUGUAUCACAAUGAGUUUCUGACUGCACUGGUGUUUCUGUACUGAGAAAAACAGGCAGACUUCAAAGUAGAAAGACAAAAAAUUACUUAAAAAACAUUUUUAAAGCAAGAAGUUUUUCUACUAUGCCCCUGGGGAAGAAAUUUCGUCCCAGCUCUGCUACUGGGAAGUUGGAAACCUACCACAUUACCAGUAUUUUGAGUGAACUGAGGCCUGCCACUGCCAAAGCAUGCCCGCCUCGUGCGAAGACGUCAGUGCCUGGCACGAGGCAUAAGCAGGAGCAUUCCCAGGAUGAAUCCCAGAGGAGUGAGAGCCCCCCUGAGUGGCUGGAGAGGGAACUAAUGAAAGAGGGAUACCGACGCCAUUCCAUCAGCUUGGCCCACAGUACAGAAACAAAUGAGAAGGCCCUUCACACCAGGGACCCAACCAGGAAUCUCAGGAAGCUGAAGGUUGAACAGAGGGUGUCACUUGAAAAUCUGAAGAAGCUCAAAGUGGCUUUUGAGGACUUUGAAAAGAAUGGCAGGAGAUCGUUGGAUGUGGUCAAUUUCAGGAGAAUUGUUAAGAAGUGCUUGGGACUCCGUGACAUUAGCGAUGAACAAAUCCAAGAGCUGUUCAUGAAGAUUGAUUACACAGCGAAUGGGAAAAUUGAAUGGGAUGAUUUCUGCACUUACAUGCAUCUGGAGUAUACGGAGAAAGAGGAGUCUGUCACUCGGAAGAAGCAGGUAUCCUUUGCACUUCCAGCCACUAUCAGAGACAUCGGCCAUGGGGAGCCCAUCCUGAGAGUCCUUUCCACACCAGACAGCACAGUGGUCACUGUCAGAGAGGACGGUGCCAUCUAUUACUGGACUCCUGAGCUGAAGCUGAAGAAGAGCAAGAUGGUGUUUGAAAGACCAGUAAACAGAAAACCAAAAUGGGUCACAGACUUUGUCACUAUGCCACAGUACAACAAGCUGAUUCUUGGAACCGGAGACAGGGAGAUCCAGCUCUAUGAACUCUCUUCUUUGGCAGCUUAUUGUCAAGUCAGUGCACUGGAAACGGUACCUUUAAGAAUAGACUACUGUUCCACAGGCCAGGAUGAGUGUCUUAUUCUUUAUGGAGAUUCCCAGGGCUGCGUGAACAUAAUUGUAAUGACAUCAGUUGGAGAGACAUUAAGACUAUGGAAGAAGUUGCCAAAAGUUGAAAAUGUGCCUAACAUAGGAAUUGACAAUGCUGUUCUUUCACCACACAUAACAUACAUUAGAUGGAAGGUUCAUGAAGACUGGGUAACCCAGCUCAAAUAUUAUGAAGGCAUACGAGCCGUCAUCUCAACUUCAAACCAUGAAUCUUCUGCUUUAGUCAUAGGUUGCACUUUUCCAACGACUAAUAUUGAGCAGCAGAUGAGAGAAAUUGAAGAAGGGAAGGGCAAAAGGUCUCAGGCUUACUCAGGACUUCCUCAGCAACGAGCCAACUGCGAUCAAACAGUGUUCUCCAUCUACAAAGGGGUGAAAACCUUUGAUUUCUGCAAAAAGCACAACUUAAUAGUCACUGGAGGGAUGGACAGGAUUAUAAGAAUGUGGAAUCCUUAUGUACCCGGGAAACCCACUGGCAUCCUGAAAGGUCACUGUGCACCCAUUUUGUAUCUAUAUAUCUCUACAGAGGAAAACAGGAUCUUUUCCGUCUCCUCUGACAAUACCAUCAAGAUAUGGGAUAUUCGGGACCAGUCCUGCCUGUUUACAGCUAACCCCAAGGCCAGCAGAAUCCAAGGAGAGGUUUCAGCUUGUCUUUUCUGCCCCACUGUGAAAGCUCUCUAUGUGACCACUGACUCCAUUGCUUUUCUCCCUUUGAGGACAAAAUCCCAGCCUCAGGGCCAUCUGACAGUAUCCCAUAAAGAGCCUGUCCUUUGCUGUGGUUACAGUAAAGAGUUUAGACAGGUGGUCAGCUGUACUGAAGGAUCUGUUGUCAAAGUCUGGGACUUUGAUACAGGAGGUCAAGUCUUUGAGUUUGGUGAUGCCCAUGGCCACUCUGCUAUCACAUGCAUGACCUUUGACAUCAGUGGCAGAAGGCUUGUAACUGGAGGAAGAGAUGGAUGUCUAAAGAUCUGGAACUUCAAUAAUGGUCACUGUUUAAAGAUUUUAAAAAAAGAGGGCAAGAGCGAUGAAGUCUGUGAUUGCACUUAUGUUAAAGUGAACAGAAGCAACUAUGUCAUGGCUGUGGGCUGGGAUCGAAGAAUUGACAUGUACUUUGACUCCAAUGAUGAUGUUCAUCACAUCCAAAACCCCCAGCCGUACUGGCAGGAUGAUCUGAGGAGUGGACAUAAGGAGGACAUCCUGUGCAUUGCUCAGUGUCCUCCAUCUCUCCUGGCUACCUCCGGUUACGAUGGAGAAAUCGUUGUGUGGAACAUGGUCUCAGGACAUAUACACUCCCGUUUGGUCACCCCUGUGCCCCCAGAGUGCACCGAUGCCAAAGGUAUCGAUAAAAGUGUUUCAAGUGUAACAUUCCUGAAGACACGGAUUCGGAACAAUGAGUCUGCUGCUUGCCUGGUUUCAAGUGGUCCCCAAGGUUAUGUUAAUUUCUGGAGUCUGGUCCAUGGUGGAAAUCUUUUUGCUACAUUUGAAGCGUCCAGAAUGAAGUGCCUGAUCACUAAAAUGGCAGUGAAUGCAGAGGAAACUCUUCUUUAUGUUGCUGAUCUAUCUGGCUACAUCUAUGUGUACGAUACCAAGGACUAUGCUCUUACGCCUGAACAAGAAGCACCUAAAACUGCAAACUACUGGCGUGCACACAUCAGCAGUGUCACUAGUUUAGUGAUUGUAGAUGAAGAUGAAGUGCUGCUCACCUCAGCUACAGACUGUACAGUGCGACUGUGGAGCAUUCAUGGAGAGUUCAUAGGAACAUUUGGACAACCUGAGGCUUGGAGUAUCCAUACAGCAGCCUCUUGGAAACAUCCUAUGAUCCCUUAUGAAAUUCUAGUGGAUCCCUUCAGCAUGCCUGCUCAUCGGAUUCUAGAAGGAGAGAGCAGUGUCUUGGAGGUUCUUAACUCAGGCCAAAGAGAAGAGAAUGAAGAGGAAACUAAAAAGUCAGAACCACAUUUCAAGCACAAAUUCCUGCCUCUGACCUUCAGUGACAAAGACAUUGAAGAAGAAAUCAACAAAACCAGUUAUCCUCAAGAACAUGGGAAAAGACUCCGUCAUGCUAUUUUUAAGCAUGCCAACAAACCCCCCAACCACGGGGGUCCGAAGGCCUAUCACACAUUAAAAUACUUUGAAAUACUUGAUGCCCCCACUACCUGCGAGAAGCCUGAUCUUUCUGCUGCUGGAAUUGACCCCUUCUUAUCAAAAUACUCAGAAGAUGAGUAUGUCGACUCACAGUGAAGAGGAAUCCAGAUUAACAGGUGAUCAUCAGGUGCUGGCAGUUACUUUUUUUAAAAAACUUUUUUGUACAGUUUUGUUG